CUGCCCUCAUCUGUUCGCUUCACGCCACAGUAGCUGGUCCCCCCUCCGGGUUCUCGCGACUGUUCUGUCUGUGGUGGUGUGACGAUACCGUCUCCGUACUCCAGGACCUGCCUUCUUCCAGCUCCUUCCUAUCCAACCGGGGAAGAAAAAACACAGGGGAAAGCAAUAUUCCAUUCUUGCCAGUGGCAUCUUUUGCAACCUUUAUGUUCAGCAGAGGUCUUGCUUUCAGUUUUCCCUACAAGUAUCCAACAAUUUGAGAAUGAAUAGUUAUCAAGCAGAAAUGCUUUAUUACGUUUGGGUGGUUUGGUGAAGUCCCCAGACUCCCCAGUGGUGACUGGACGUACAGUGCAAGGCAAAUGGAACAGGCUGGGAGGGAAAAGGGGAGGAGGAAGCUUCAUUUCUUCAUUCAGAAACUGGAUGGAUCAACCCUGAGAAGGAAAGAACAGUCACACUCUUUCCGUGACAUUCUGGGGAAGGGAAGAGCACGCUUUGUGCAGUGCUUUUUCAACCACUUACCUGCUUUGAGUUUCUGCAGUGAGCAGGAGUGAAGGAAAAAUACUAGAUAAUGUCAGAGUUCUGGCUAAUUUCUGCUCCAGGAGAUAAAACAAAUCUGCAGGCAUGGGAGAGAAUGAACACUGUGACAUCUAAAUCCAACCUGUCCAGCAACAGCAAAUUCCAUAUUCCAGACUUAAAGGUGGGGACACUGGAUGCUCUUGUUGGUCUGUCAGAUGAGUUGGGAAAACUUGAUGGCUUUGCUGAAAGCGUAAUAAAGAAAAUAGCCCAGUACAUAGGAGAAGUUAUAGAGGACUCAAAAGAUAAAGUCCAAGAAAAUCUUCUGGCCAAUGGAGUUGACCUAAUUAGCUACUUGACACGGUUUGAGUGGGACAUGGCCAAAUAUCCCAUAAAGCAGCCGCUGAAGAAUAUAUCAGAAGCAUUAGCAAAGCAAGUGACUCAAAUAGAAACAGACCUGAAGACUCGAUCAGCUGUGUACAACAACAUUAAAGGAAAUUUGCAAAGCCUGGAGAAAAAAACUAUGGGAAAUCUGCUGACCCGGACCCUGGCAGACAUAGUGCAUAAAGAAGACUUUGUUCUGGAUUCUGAGUAUCUUAUCACACUGCUCGUCGUGGUGCCAAAGUCAAGCUACAUACAGUGGCAGAAGACCUAUGAAUCCCUCUCAGAUAUGGUAGUGCCUCGCUCCACCAAAAUGAUUGCUGAGGAUGCAGAGGGAGGACUCUUCACCGUGACCCUAUUUAGAAAAGUGAUGGAUGACUUCAAGGCUAAAGCCAGGGAGAACAGGUUCAUGGUUCGAGAAUUUUAUUAUGAUGAGAAGGAGCUGAAAUGUGAAAAGGAAGAGCUGAUGAAAUUAGCUUCUGAUAAGAAACAACAAUAUGGCCCAUUACUGCGCUGGCUGAAAGUGAACUUCAGUGAAGCAUUUGUGGCUUGGAUUCAUGUGAAAGCCUUAAGAGUUUUUGUUGAAUCUGUCCUGAGGUAUGGCCUUCCAGUAAAUUUCCAAGCAAUGCUGUUGCAACCAAAUAAGAAGUCUGUAAAACGCCUGAGAGAUGUCCUAAACGUGGUCUUCAAACACCUGGAUGAAGUUGCAGCAGCAAGUAUAAUGGACCCUGGCAUGGACAUCCCUGGCUUACAACUGAGUAACCAAGAAUACUAUCCUUAUGUCUAUUUCAAGAUUGACCUCAGUCUUCUUGACUGCAGUUAAAGAAAAAUUGCUCAAGCUUCAUCUAUUAAUUUUCAAGACUCUUAUGUUAUAGUAAAACGAUCUUUAGCUGCUGAAAGUCAAAUUAAAAUGCAGAUGCUGUAGCAGGAUGAUCUUCCUACCAAUAAUUUUUACAGUGACUUCAAUAUAAAUAUUCCUUAUUCAUAGUUUUACAAAAAAAAUAUUUCAGAGGCAGGAGGUACUAUGGUAGUAUUUAUUUUUUUUGGUAAAUUACAAAGAUGGAGUAUCUACAGGACUUGAAAUAAAACAAUUUAAAAAAA